AUGGGAACAGUGUACAGCCACGCUAGCCGGGGAGGCAAAAUCCUCAGGCGAAAGCGUUACGGCACGGGGCAAGCCCGCCCGCGGCUCCGCGCCGCUUCCCCGCCGGCGCGCCGAGCGGAGCAGCGCCGAACCCCGCCGCAGAAGCCCCCCGGGACGCCCCCACCGUGGAAAACCCCCGGGACACCCCCGCCGCGAAAAACCCCCGCGAAAACCCCGCCGCAGAAAAACCCCGAGAAGCCGCCGCUUCCCAAUCCGUCCCGCCACCGCCGCCGGUCAGAGAUCCGCGAUCAAAGGCGCAGCCGCGCGCGGGGCGCUCUUGGCGAGAGCCGGCGGGAGAGACCGGAGUCGCAAGGGCCGCGGCUCGGGGAGAAUCCCCGGCCGCCCGGCCAUGCGGUCGCUUUGAAAAUGGCGCCGAAUGCCGCGGAGGGGGGCGGGACCCGGGCGGUCCCGACGCGGAAACUCAGACACCGCGCGAUCUCAGAAAUGCGCGCGUGUGGGAGAAAGGGGCGGAGAGCGCGCUGCAAGAGGGAGAGCGGGCUGGCACCGCCCUUCCCAGAUUUAGCAACGUGUCGGCAGCCCACGGACACGCGUGGGGGGAGCCCGGGCAGCCCCUCCGUGGGCCGGGUGGUGGCUGUGGCGAAGACGGACGCUCCACCUGCGCAGGGGGGGUCAUAA